GAGUCCGGAGCUUUGGUUCGGAGGCCCGUGGAGGGUUGCCUGGGGUAAUUGUCCUAGAAUUAAUGGGGUGCACUGGACUAUCAACGAGUACGGUACGACUUUCGACGGGGACUGUGAUCCCCACCGUUCCUGGGCUCCGGCGGACCCGGGUGGCCGGGGGAUCACAGUCGUACUUUAGUGCUCGGCGCGGCGCCCAGUAUUUUGCAGCUAGCGCUAGCUGCGCUCGUGCGCGUGCACCUUGGACUGUCAACAAUGUCGGAUUGUUUAGAGAACGCAGACGGCUCAAGUUUAAAUGUUACUGUUAAGAUGAACCGUCUUCAAGCUUUCCAAAGUAAUUUGGAUCGCAUUUGGAUCUCGUGUAUAGUAUAUCCGAAUGAGAAUGAAGAGGGAGGAAAAAGUCCAAACAGCAUAUUUUGCGACUUGAUUGCCGAGGCAGUAGAUGAAUUCUUCAGCAGUCGUUUCAGCCAACCUCCACACGAAGUACUAACCGGUUUGCAUAGUGCCCUGAGGAUCAUUGCUACUUCUUCUCACAGCUUUUAUGAGGAAGAUGAGCAACUCACUAGUGUCUGUAAGAAGAUAUAUAUCUACUGUGUAGAGAUACUUCUUGACAAAUCAUGGAUGAGUGUGCAAGAUGAAAGCAGGGCAUCAGCAACCAAAGACUUUUAUAAAUUCUUCUGCUGUCUUUGGAACUGGUCUCAAGAUCGGUUCCUGGUUUUGGCCAUUCUUAGCCAGAAGCCAUGGGGCCACGAGAUAAUGAAUCAGGUGCUUGCAGGAGAGGAAAAUACAGACAAGCCAGAAGUUGAUAGAUACCUGACCUUAGAAGGAAAGUACCUCCUUGAACAUCGUCUGCAAGUCCUGAUCCAGGAAGGCAACCCUCUGCAUGCCUUGAACUUGGCCAGAGCCUGCACUGAUCACCCUGUUUUAGGACAAGAACCCAUCUUCCUAGAGACUCUCUAUCUACUCUACUUCAAUCUUGGUCUGACCCAAGAACUUGAGUCACAGGUUGAAGAUCAUCCAACACUGGAAGAUGUCAUGAAAGUAGCAGAAAGAAUGAGCAGUUACUGUCCAGAAAAUGCAACACAUAUAUUCAGAUUAAUCAUAAAACAGCUUUGGUUUGAAGAUAAUCAUAGCAGUCUUCUGAUCAGAGUAUCUGUAGGUUUGUGGCUUGAUGCGGAGUUGAAGGUUUGCUCACCGCGAUCUGAUAAGUUUGCUGAAGACCUAGAAGGCCUCUCAGAUCUGACAAAUGAUCCCCUCCAUUUAUACAACCUUGCUGACAUAGUGUACAAGAAGGUUGGUGAACCUGCCAUUCCACCCCUGGUUUCCCUUUGUCUCAAGGCUUUGCUGGUACCAAGUGUCUCCGUUUCUGAGGACAUCAUCCAAGCAGCACAGAUAGAUUAUGGAAAUGCAGCUGUCUGUCUGCUGUUGUCUGAGAUUUUGAAAAAUGAUGAGAGGAUACAGCGGCUGUGCCUCCUUGCUGCAUUUUUCAUUGCUCCUUCACUUGAUAGACUAUCUGCUCUUCAGAACAGUUACCAAGACUCAAAGGAAUCAAAUUUUCCAAAACUAACCUCCUACCAACAGCAUGAUCUUAUCAGGUGCAUGGACUUCUUCAUACCUGUGCAUGUAUCGUUAUCUGAAGAUUGGUCAUCAGUUUCAAGCACCUUAACAGGAUAUCUUCGGAAGAGCAAGGUAAUGUGCAUCUCAUUGAGCAAACCAUUUGGUGAUGUGAGAAUGCUGAAGUUUUAUGAUAAAUCUUGGCAUCCUGUUCAUGAAGACUUCAAGCCAUUAGGGGUGGUGAGGGUAAAGGAGGCAUUCCAUUCUUCAGUAAGAUGCCAUGAAAACAUAGUGCUCUUGUCCUGCAAGCAUGAACGCCAAAUUGAACCCAAAUCAAAGAAGAAGCCUCUUGUUGAAACAAGGAGUCCGCAAGAAUGUCCAGAACCUCCAAACGCUAAUCCUGUGUUGGAUGCUCAAACUGAUCAGAAAUGGUUACCCUGCUAUGUGUUGGAUCUCUCGCAAGAAACUUUAACAGAACAGGAAUUCAUUGAUGAGGUCAGUGAUGAACAAGUGGAAGAUAGGGCUUUUAGCAGAGAAUCACCUGCCUCACAUAGUCCUGAACCACUGCUCGAAAUGCCAUCAGUAUUACCACUGGGAGGAACAUCAGAUAUGUUUGCUCAUACCGGAGAAAGGACGGAUAUGCAAGAAAAGUCACAAGAAUUAUUGGAAAAUAAUGACACAGUGUGUGUUUCAAUAGAUAAACAGUCCAGAUCAUCUGAUCAAGAAUCAACACUUCCAAUGCUAUCAAGUGUCAAUGAAAGAGAAAGUGAAUUGAUGUUUAUAAAUGAGGAGGAACAACUGAACCCCCAACAGGGAGUAGAAUAUGGGAGAUUGCAUUUGAACAGAAAUGACCAUGAAAAUGUUGAUGAUGGUAUGACAUUGCUUAAUGAUGAACUUCAUGUAGAUAGCCCCAUACCUGUUGAUAGAAGUGAUAGCAGUGAGGCAGAGACUUUGAAUUAUGCAGAUGAACCAAAGUGCAUUUCUAAUAGCAAUGAGUCUAUGAGUUUUGUUGAUGAACAGGAUUGUAGUUCUAAUAAUUUAGAUGAGGAAGAUGUAUCAUGCUAUGAUGAUGAGGAGGAGGAGGAGGAGGAAGGUCCCCUAGAUUUGAGGAAAGUAAAAACAGUUUGUAUAAUGAAUGGAAAAGUGGAAGAAAUCAAAGAUCCAAACAUAAUUUCUGAUGAAUUUGAGAACCAAGACACAUUGAAUUUGAAUGCCAAUGAUGUACAUCCAUGUUGUACACAGACAGAACCAUUGGACCUUACCAAAUCUGUAGUUCAAAGUGCUCUUACUGAUAAAGCUAAGGUUGUUCUUGUGAAAGAUAAGAAAGCUGAAGAACUGUUGUUAAGGAGACAGUCACAGGAUUUCAAAGAAGAGCAUGAUGAUUCUUAUUUCUUAAGACCACCAAAAGAAAGGGACAAGAAUGAUGAAAUUCAAAUGUGUAGUUUGUCAUCAGAUCAAGGGUUUGACCUCAGACAAAGAAAAUCACAUAUGAAGACUUCUGUGUGUAGUGUAAAGCUGACAUGUUUCAUGAAACAAAGAGCCAAGAAACAGAAUCCACAUAAUCUACAGUUAUGGAAAUUCAUGGUUAAAGAGAGAGCCAAGGUUCAAGGAGAUGAUGAGAGCUAUCAUCAUGAAGUAGAUAUAGAUGUAAAGUCACCAGAAGAAAGUCUGACUGGUUUCUCAGGUGAAAGAGUGCUCCAUAUUGAAAAUUCCUCAUCUGAAAUGCAGGAUGAACAAGAUGAUGUGGAGGACAUACAGAUUCUUCAUUCAGAAACGAAUAGAGAAUCAGGAGAAAACUGGACAGAUGUGUUCAGUGAGAACAGCAUCCCAUGGAUAGAUGGACAGUUAGAACAAGAUGAAGGAGAAAAAGAGCCAGAAAGUCCAGCCUGGACUGCAAUAACAAGUGUCAAUCUAGACAAAUCUCCAGAGGAUGUUUCAUGUGAAGACAUGACUAAUAUCAGAGAGCAUGUUACAGAAGAAAUACCUAUGCUGGAUUAUGAACCUCAACCUUAUCCUUUGAAUAGGUUAAGAAAUUCAGAGUUGCCAAUCUUGACCCCAGAACGUGGACUUGAUUUAACAGUGUUACCUACAACAGAGGGCUCUUUGCAGACCUGUGAAAAUGCAGGCAUUCCUUUACUUCUUGAUUGCUAUGAGGAAAAUCCCCAUGUAAAUGUGACCACUUACCAGUAUGUUGACAAUGAGCAAGAAGAAUAUCAAGAUAUUGAAUACCCUCAAGGUUUAAAUGAUCUUCCUGGGAGUGCCUUUUGUGAGAUUGUUGAUCAAAGUUCUGCAGAUCACAUAGAAACAAUAGAAGAAGCAGCAUUUAGCAAUGAGAUAGAAACUUUGGUUUAUAUACCAGUUGAACCGCUCAAUUUCCAUCAGGAAGUGCUGCCUGAUAGGGAAUCUGUUCAUUGCACAUGUCUUCAAGGGAAAAUGGAGAAGAUGGCUUCCAAAGAAGAUGAACAUUCUAAUGCCAAAGAAUGGCAAUGCUUACAUGUGAUUCAAGAGAAAAGAAGUGAAGAUAUUACAGGGAGUAUUACAAAUGGUAUAGACAUUGGCCUUGAUAUGCAGGACAAAUCAUUAGAUCACAUAGCACACGGUGAAGUCUGUUUCAAGGAUACCCUUGAAGGUCACACAGAUAGUCGGGAUGACCACGUCGUCGUAGUGAGUACAGGAAACAAGAUGGGAGAUGAUGAAAGAGAACAUGUUGGUGCAUUGUUAGACUAUUCAGUUGCUUCAGAAGAGCGGAUAGAGAUGAAUAGACAGACAGAGAGUGAAUCAAGCCCAGUUAAUGAGAUUAACUUGAGAUCAUUUGCUGCUUCAUCAAAUCUAGGAGAAAAUUUAGUUGUAGAUGCCAACUUGUCACUUCCUGAAUUACAAGGGAUGUCCAUGGAGAGACAUCGCAGUGACGGGCAACAAGAUCGUAAUUGGGUGGGGAUAACUCAUCUUGAGGAAGGUAAACAUGUAGGCAUUGUGACUAAUGAUGCAUUGUCAGAAUCAACAGAGUACAAGACCAUUGCUAAUCCUUCACAUCAAAUUGCAGCACAACCGUUUUCUGUGGUUGAAGCUAAAGAAGUUAAAUCGCCAUUGCUGAUACUUGAAACUAAAGCCAAAAAUGAUUUGUUGUCAUCAAGGAAAAGAAAAGCUAGUCAAAGUAGAAAUGUCUGGUCUGCAUUUUCUACUACACAGGAGUCUCCAAAGAUAAUAGAUAAUUCAAACGCUCUUGAUACAUCAGCUCCUGUAGAUCUCAGAGAUGAAAAAACACAAAAUGGUAAUGACUGCAUAUUCAUCACAGAUGACUUUGAGCUUAAGAAGAAGUCCAUCAUUGCUGGAAUCAAACUUCGGAUUAUGAGUCAGAAGGAUAAACCUUCAGUGCCAGAGAGUGAUUCAAGUACAAAAACAGAACAUUUGGUUUCUUCCUCAAAGGAAGACAUCUCUCGUCAACACAGAAAGGCUCAAUUUAAGAGGUCAGUCUGUUGUGUCAACAUUCCAUGUAGAAUGGAUGGAAAAAAUGUCAAAGGUAAUCCAUUUGCUCAAUCCGAACAAUGGAAAUGCAUAUCAAAGACUUUGGAAAGCAAAGUGGAUUCAGUGGAUAACAUGCGUAAUGCAGACCUUGAGCCUAACUCUCUUGAUGAAACUAAUACAUCAUUGCAUGAGAGCUUAUCAGACCCAAGUGCAACUGAAGGACUAUCAGAAAGUAAGUUUCCUAGUGGAUGGAGUGAAUUUAGAAUCCCAUGGGUAGAUGGACAAGUUUCUCAUGAAAAUCAACCAGAAUUAGACAGUCAAGCUUUACUUCCUUUGGAAAGUGAAACAAUACCAGAUCAUGAGAAUAUCAUCACAGAUGCAAAUGAUGUUUCAUCAGAUAUUACAGGAGAUCCUAAUGUAAAUAUAACCCAGCCAUGUUUGGAAAUGCAAGGGAUAUCUAUGAAUUAUCCAGGUACAAAGGGUGCAGAUUCAAGCAUGCAAGGGAUUACAAGUGUCCAUCUGGAUCAAAAUGGGUGUGUUCCCUGUAAUGACAUGAGAGUAGUAGAAAAUCAAACAGAACACAAAAUGGUACAGAAGUCCUUACAACUCAAUGAAGUACAAUCCAACAAUGUGGAUGAAGAUGCAGCAGUCCAGGUUUUGAGUGAGGAAAAGACAAUCUAUGAACAAGCUGCAGGAGGAGAAAAAUGUGAUACACAUCUGAGCAUGGUGAUCAGUGACAAGUCAUUUAGUAACUCUUCAUGCAGAGAUGAUGACACCCCUCAACCAGUGGAUUCUUGUGAAAAAGAGAUUUGUAGUGAUGAAACAACUUGCCAGCAGGUAAGACGUGAGCCUUCUAGGAGUAAAGACGUGAUCUCUUGCAAAGAUGAUAUGGAUUAUUCAAUGGAAACCACUGAUUUCAGAAAUGAAAAUUCCUGCUCUGAAGAGAGGGAAACAGUCCUAGAAAGAAAGAUGGGAGAUGUGGAAGACAGUCGCCUACCAAGAAAGAGACACUUCAAGCAGUCUGUUUCCUGUAUCAGUAUCCCUUGUAACAUAGAUAGAAAUAAUGCCACAGUGAGUCCUCGAGCUGAAGCAUGGUUCAGAAAUAUAGAAAGCAGAGAUGAUUCAAAGAAGUGUGAAUACAAUGCAGAAGACAUCAUUCCUGAUGUAGAUGAAGUUAAUGCAGCUGAUUGCGUCAAUGUGCCAAUAAGUGAUACAUUUUCAACUGAAGCCAAGGGAAAUGCUUCAACCUACCAGAUGAAAGGGCUAUAUCUUGAAGCACCUGAGUUAUCAAUUCAACAUCUCGAUACCACAACAGAUAGUAUUUUGUUGCCAGGAGAAGAUGUAACCAGCAUAGCAAAAAAUGUUAUGAGAAAUGUGACAGCUAAAUCCCAGGAGGAAGAUUGCGACACUGAAAGCCACUCUGUUGAAAACAAGGAGUCAAAGUUUCAAACUCGGAUCAAAGAAGUUGAAGCAAAAGCCAGUACAAUGUUAGAGUUAACAGCGAUUGGAGAAAGUAGUGAUAGUGCAGGAAAUAUCUCUCAAGAUAUUGACAACUUAUGUUAUUCUGAUAAAUUCUAUAAUGGUGUAGAGGAAAAGGAGUUGACUGUUCACAUCAACAAAGCAUUUGAAAUUACAGAGAAGAGAAACAAGGAAACAGAUAGAAAAGUUAGCGAUUCAAUUACAGGAAUUGUUGAUCAGAAUAAUGAAGAUCAAAUGAAGAAACUUUCAGGAACAAAAGAGAAAAUCAUCUGUGAUCAGGGGUCCCAAGUUUGUUCCGAAGCAGAAGUUCUUUAUCAAUCUGAAGGAAAUGUGUGUGCCAAAAAUAACCAAGUUGUUGAGCAGUGUAAUGUUGUCUUUAACAAGGAUGCUGUGUUCAUAAUGGGGAAUGGCCAGAGUGACCAGUUGGAUGUUGACUCUGAGAGAAGUGUAUGUGAUGGAAUUGUUGAUAAACAUCUACAAAAAUGCACAAAUGACUUUCAUGUAUCCACUGAGGAAUGCUCUGCUCUUAAAGAGAUUGCAUCUGGUAGUGACAUAGGGCAAAUGGAUGAAAUUAAAACUGAGAAACGGUGCCAAAAAGAGAAAGGUGAAUAUUCAGUUAGUGAAAUUGCCAAGUCACAUGAUGAUGAAGAUACAGUGCCAGGUACAGGUGGACAAUCCUCUCAGUUUCAAGAGGAAGUGAAUCCAUAUAAUGUGCAUCCAGGUGCCAAGCAGACAAGUGAGACACUUCUGAAACAAGAAUUAGAAGACAUUGAUUUUUGCCGAAUAAAUGCAGCAGAACAGUCAGAUGUGAAGGAGCAGAAUGGAGAAAAUAGUGGAGCUCUUGGAGUUGAGGAAAAACCAAGUUUCAAAACAUCAGUCCACAACUCUGACCAUCACAUAGGGAGGGAUCUGAAAAGUGAAUUGAAUGUGUUUGAACCAGUAAGACGAAAUACAGAUGUAACGAUCAAUGAACAAGAACCUAUUGGGAAGGUAGCAGAAAAAUGUAAGAGACCUUGCAAAAAAUUUAUCUCAGGAAAUUGUAAAAAUGAGUUAUCAAAUAACUCACCAUUGUUUAAGAAGAGAGAUGCCAUGUAUGGUUUGACAUAUAGUAAGACAAAAUCAUCUGCUGGCCAGACUAGAAGUCAGUCACCAUCCAUACAAUAUUUCAAUUCCAAGAAAACAGGAAAGGAAUCCUCAAAAGUGGACAUUCAGGUGUGUCCAAACACCUCCUAUAAAUUCAUCUCAAAGAAAUCAAUGAAACGAUCUUGUAGACAACAACCUUGUGAUAAAGACAAAAGAAUAAACAAACUACUUCCCAUCAGACGCUUUGCAUCGAGGAAAGCUGGUACAGAAACUCCACCUCAUAGAGAGUCAUCAAGUAAAUGUCCUGUACAGGUUUCCAACAAAUUCAUCUCAAAGAAACCAUGUGAAGCUGCUUCAAAGCAGGUGAUGUGUGACAGGGUUACUCGGAAUACAGUUAAAACCUCAAAUGCGCCAGUACGUCAAACUGUGAAACAGUCAAGCUUAGAUUCACAUGCAUGCAACAAACUAUCUCACCUACCUCUUCCAUUAAAAUCAACAGCAAACGAGGGAAGAUCCUCUACUUUGAGAAUGUCUGUAAAGUCUUCCUCCUGUAAACCCCAGAAACGUUCAUGCUCUGAAACUUCUCCCCCACCGAAAGUCAUGAAACUCUCUUCCACUCGUCCUACACUUGUAACUUCAACCAAAAAUCCUACACAAAAGCAUUCAUCCACUUCUAGGAAGUCAGUAAGGCAGGUGUCAAAAAAAGCCUGCUUAGCAUCAUGUGGUGUGACUACCAGAAAACGGAUGAAAAUGGAGGGCAACAAAAAGAGGAAAUGAUAUUGUGACAAGCACUAAUCUACCUUUUUUUUUGCUAGAAUUUGUAUGUUUUGAUAUGGGUUUUUAUGCAAUAUAUUUAUGUGUCAAAGUUUUCCUUACAUAAGAACUGAGUAGAUAUGCGCAUCCCUUUCAGCUUGUAUAAGAGUAAAAAGCAUGCAGAGAGAGCAUGCUAAAUACAAGUUAUCACUGUUAUUAUCAUCAUCAUCAACCAACAUCAUCAUCUUCAUCAUCAAUCAUUGUCAUCGUAAGUUCUUUAUGUAUUUGAAGUCAUGUCAGAAGUAUUUUUUUCAGUACCUUUCCAAUAUUCAUACUGAAUAUUCCUUAUUUAUUUUCUACAGGCUGACAGACAAGUCAAUGAAAAAACUUAGAUUUUUUUUCAGAGAGGCUGAGUGAUGUAUUGAGAACUGUAAUAACAGUAAUACUAAAACUAUAUUUAUGCCAACUCAAUUAAAUGAAAACUCAUGUUAAUUUUAGGUUACGUAAUUUGUUGAUUUAUCCUCCAUAAAGAGUGUAGAAAAUAUUUUCAUUACCUCAAAGUUUUAACCAGCUGAAAGCUCAACUCAAAGUCUUUUAAAGGCAUGGUCACACCGCGCGAGCGUUGUUG